CAAAUAGUUGUGGGUUAUUGUUUUAGAGAUGGUAUCGCGGGGCACCGGUUGAGAUGUCCUUUAAGUAUGCAGUGCAAAAGCAGAUCCCAGCCAGUUUGACAUGGCUUCUCUUGCGGAAAUGUUUGUCCAGUUGCUGAUCAUCCCAAUCCUAUUGGGUUACCAAACCGGAGCCAAGGAAAGUUUUUUACGCCCCUCUGACCUUGCUCAGUUCGUGGACAGAAUUGGCCGCGUUCAUCGCCUGCAUGCCAUCACCUUGGUGCAUAGCCAGGAGUCGGUUGAUCCCGGCUAUCUGGAUGAGCUGCAUCGCGGCCUGAUGGGCAACAGCAGCAGUCACUUUUAUUUGGUGCCACAGAUGACGGCCACCGAUAGGAAUGCCACGCAGGUGCUCUUCAGUCGGCUCCAGGAUGAGGAGACGCUUUACUUGGUGUUCGCCAGGGACUCCAGGGACCCGGUGGUCCAGUUGCAGGCGCACAGGGCCAGGGGAAGACGCUACUCAAAGACCAUGUUCCUGCUCAGAAAGCAGGAGUCCCAAGAGGAGCUGGAAUACCUCUUUAAUCUCCUGUGGAAGCUGCAGUUCCGAUCCGCUCUGGUGGUGGUGAGCUCCAAGAAGUUCUACCAAAUGGAUCCGUAUCCCACAGUCCGAGUGAUACGCAUGCGGAGAUUAUCCUCCUACGAUCCGCACCACCUGUUCCCGUUUCCCAAUCGAAGGAACUUCUGGGGCUACAGGAUGCGCUUGCCCGUGCAGCAGGAUGUGCCGAAUAUCUUUUGGUACCAAAAUCUCCGGACGGGAGCCUGGCAACUGGAGGGCUUGGGCGGCAUUCUGAUCAACCAGCUGAUGAAGCACUUGAAUGUGACCAUGGAGCUGUUUCCUUUCAGGGUGAAUGGCUCCUUAUUGAUGAACGUGGCCGCUCUCACAGAUCUGAUUUUGCGAGACGAGGUGGAGCUGAGUCCACAUUUGUACGACACCCUGCAUCCGAACGGUCAAGUGGACUACUCCUAUCCAUCGCAGGUGGCUCCGCGCUGCUUCAUGAUCCCCUUGGAUAAUGAGAUUUCGAGGAGCCUCUAUGUGUUCCUGCCCUUCAGUGUCCCCCUGUGGCUGUGCCUGCUCGUCACGCUGCUCCUGGUGCAGUUCCUCUUUGUGCGCCGCCUGAUGCCGGAUGCUGGUCUCUGGGCCAUACUGGGAGUGCCAGGAGCUGGCGCACCCAGGUGUAGAAGAGGCAAACCGGGCAGGAACACCUGCUGCUUCCUAAUCCUCUUCGGGAUCUUCAUACUUGUCCAGUCGUACAGCACCAAGCUCACCUCAUUUCUGACCGUAACCCUCACCCGGAGUCCAGCCAGCAGCCUGGAGCAGCUGUUCCAGCUGCCCUACAGCAUUCUUGUGCUGCCCUCGGAUGUGGAGGCUAUUGUGGGCUCCCUGGGGCACGCCGAGCAGUUUUCCAUGAAGUUCAACGUCACAGAUCCCGAGGACUUCAAUAACAAGAGAAUCGCCAUGGACCCGGAGUUCAUCUACCCCAUUAGCAUUGUCCGUUGGCGUUUCUUUGAUGUGCAGCAGCGAUUUCUGCGGAAGAAGCGCUUCUACUUCUCCAAGAUCUGCCACGGCUCGUAUCCCUAUCAGUACCAGCUCAGGGUGGACUCACAUGUUAAGGACGCGCUCCAUCGCUUCCUGCUGCGCGUACAGCAGGCCGGGCUGCACGAUCUGUGGCUGGACACGUGCUAUCGCAAGGCCCAUCGCAUGGGCUACCUCAAGGACUUUUCCACUAUGGCGGAGCUGGAGGAGAAGCUGCGGCUGCGACCGCUGGCCCUCAAUCUGCUGGCGCCCGCCUUCAGUUUGUUUCUGUGCGGACUGGUGGGCAGCGGAGUCGCCUUUCUGGUGGAGAUCCGCCAGAGCUUCGGGUGCAGAAAAAGGUCACCGCCCACUAACCGCAACCCCGGGGAUUAAUCUAGUAGCUCAUCCUAACCACCAAAAAACCCUAGCCCAAAUAGAAACGAAUAUUAAGUCUAAUCUAAUUUUACGUAUGAUUCACAUUAUUACCCCCACGAAUGAAACACCCCACCAAUCGGAUCUAACCAACGAAUCGAAAUUUGCAACCCAUCAUUUGUAUCCCAUCGAAUCCUCCAUCCAUUGGUCGUUUAGUCAAGCAU